UAUCCUCUUUUCAGGUGGAAAGCGGAAGUAAAGUCCGACAUUUUGAAAAGGUGGGAGGUAAGAGAGCUGGAGAUUCGGGAUUUGAGCCUUUCGGGGGCACCGAAAUGGACUCUGAUUCAGAAGUGGAGAGGAUCCUACAGGUGAGCCAGAACCAGGAGAGACCUCCCUCUAGCUAUGGCUCCAUGAAGAGCGAUGAGGAGGAAGAGGACGAGAACAUCACAGAGGCGCAGCGCUCAUCUUGCAAAUCGGAACUACCCACCUUCACUACACACACACGGGUCCAGCUGAACCGCAACGUGUCUCCAGAGACAGUCUUCACUGAGAUCACACAGCAGCAGUCUGUCAGCGAGCAUCUCCAAGAGGGAACCUUCGUCACAGAGAGGCUACACACACACACAUGUGCGGAGGAGGAAGAAAGGGAUGAACACAGCCCCAUACAGGUAGACGACCCUGAGCCCCUGCCCCCCGUCAAGCCUGAGGACGAAUCACAGGAAGAGGGUGAUGAAGAGCAACAGCCAGGCAAGCUGCACCCUGAAUUUGACCUGCCCUACAUAUUCAAGUCCAUGCAGAAUUCUCUGACAUCCCUGGGUGGUCCUGAGUUACACCUGUUUAAGCGCUAUCUAUGUGGGCGCCAACCCUCCUUCACCAUGACUGACCUGGAGGAGAGCGAUACGCUGGACAUAGUGGAUAAGAUGCUGGAGCGCUUCGGUAAACUGCAAGGCCUGCGGUUGGCGAUCCGCAUGCUGGAGAGCAUGAAGAAACCUGAGCUGGCCCAGGAACUGGAGAAGAAGUGCAAGAGAGCUGUGAUCCAGUAUGAGUUGAAGUGUGGUCUGAUCCGGCGGCACAACUGUAUCUUUGAGGGUGUACCCCGGGCGGGCCAGCAUCUAUACCUGAAGUACGUCUACGUUGAACCCCAAAUCUCCACCCAAGGUCACGGCGGGGUCAAUCCCUUGCACGAGGUCCGGUCCGAUCCCCCCAACCCUCCCCAGGUUGCCUCCCCAGACAGCAUGAUUGGUGGGAAUAACAUUUUCCGUCUCCGGUCCCUGAAUGGGUCUCCAGUACGAUGCGUUCUGACCACGGGGCUGCCCGGAAUCGGAAACUCUGUGGCGGUCCAGAAGUUCAUGCUAGAUUGGGCAGAGGAUCGGGCUAAUUUCGACAUUCAGUUUGUGUUCCCGUUUCCGUUCCGGGAGAUGCAGUCGCUGAGGGAGCGGAACAUAGUUGAGAAGAAGGACAUCAGUAUGUUGGAGCUGCUGCAGACGUACCACAACGAGACACGCUCCAUGGACUUUCUGGAGCAGCCAGACUGCAAGGUGCUGUUUGUCAUGGACGGGAUCGACAUCUACAAGGAACAUCUUGAUUUCAAGAACACUCCUGUUGUGACUGACAUCAAGGCUGUUAUUCCCCUGGACUCCCUGUUGGUAAAUCUGAUCCGAGGCUCUCUGCUGCCGCACGCCCUCUUGUGGCUGACUGGGAGACGUGCAGCUACCAAUCAGAUACCUCCUGAGUACAUCCACCGUGUCACUGAGAUACAGGGUUACAGUGACGAGCAGAAGGAUGACUAUCUGACCCUGCGUUACUCGGACAAGUCUCUGGCUGCUAAGAUCAUCAGACACACCAAGAAGUCCCCCACCAUCUACACCCUGUGUCAUAUUCCCUUCUGCUGCUGGAUGGUUGCCAUGGUGUAUGAGAGGGGUUUCCGUAACUACGAUGACUACGGAGACGAGCCCCCCAAGAUUACGUCCUUCUUCAUCCACUACAUGAUCAUCCAGAACAACCGCAAGCUGGAGAAAUACCACGGGCAAAACCCCAACUCACAGAAAUGGACGGACAUGGACAAGGUGUUCAUGUUGAAUCUGGGUUGCCUGGCUCUGAAGCUGUUGGACAGUAACCGCUCUGUGUUCUAUGAAGAGGACCUGUAUGAGCACAGUCUGGUGGUGAGGGAGGUGGCCUGGUGUUCGGGCCUGUGUACUGAGCUUCCCAGGGCGAAUGCCGAAGACGAGCGGGUCUUCUGCUUCACACACCUGAGCUUCAUGGAGUUCAUGGCUGCACAUUAUGUUUGGCUCACCUUCCGUCUGGAGGAGCGGAACGUUCUAGACCAGUCCCACCGCAUCUCCAAGCUGUUGAAGGAACACUCUCUGGUGGACAUGUACCGCAAAGCCAUUGACCGUUACCUCAGUGCUCCUGUCGGCCAGUACGACCUGUUCCUGCGCUUCCUGUGCGGUUUGUCCAUGACACUCAAUGACGGUUUACUCCGAGGGCUGCUGUUCCCCCAUAACGCCCCUCCACUGAAAGGUCUGGAGGACGUGGGCAGGCUGCUGACUAAGAGGAAGGACAGUGCAGGGCCAGAGAGACAGGCCAACCUUAGCGAAUGCCUCCGGGAGCUCGAAACGUCUGAGGACUGAACAGUCUCCUGCUGUUAGCAAACAUGUUUGAUCAUUUGUCUCUGAUGCACUGAACUCUGUUUUAUAAAAUGAAAGGUAAUGCGACUGAAGUAUUGGUGUCGUCUCUGUGCCCCGCUGAAACCAAAACAAUGAACAUUCAGUGUGUCUCAUCCAACUAGCAAGACAGACCGAGAGAAAGAGAAGGCAUAAAUCACAGAUGUGUCUUACCAAAAAGAGCUAAUCAUUGUGUCUGAAUGAACUCUGUGACUGUGCUGAGUCUGUUUAUAAGGACUAAUAUAUAACCCAUCAACUAGCAGUCAAGAUAAAGACCACGGUGCUUGUUAGACUUGUGUGACCAUACAGCCUGUUCAUCCUCUACUCAACAAGAUGACUCACUGGAGGACGGAUGCAGACAGUAGUGACCCUAGUUGCAGAAUCUGUUAUGUAAAUGUAAUGUAUUGCUUCUCCAUCACUGACACUAGCCAGCUAUACUUCUAGUUGUAGUACAAGAACAAUAAGGUAUUUAGUUAACAUUUUCAUUAUUCCUUUAAUUAACAAACUUGAUGGAAAGGGAGUGUUUAUAUGUUUACACAUUUAUGUGUUUAAAUUACAUGUCUGUGUGUGUGUUAAAUUACAUGUCUGUGUGUGUGUUAAAUUACAUGACAUGUCUGUGUUUUGUAGUUUGGGUAUUGGGGUGAAAGGUGUACAGUAGAGCUGGGAGAUAUGCAAAAACAUUAUCCAUAUCACGGUAAUGAUGAAUUGAACAAUGUUUAUUCACCUGCACCAGUUGUGUGUAGAUUACCCUUAGUAGGGCUGAGACUAAUCAGUCCAUUGCACCAGUUGUGUGUAGAUUACCCUUAGUAGGCCUGAGACUAAUCAGUCCAUUGCACCAGUUGUGUGUAGAUUACCCUUAGUAGGGCUGAGACUAAUCAGUCCAUUGCACCAGUUGUGUGUAGAUUACCCUUAGUAGGGCUGAGACUAAUCAGUCCAUUGCACCAGUUGUGUGUAGAUUACCCUUAGUAGGGCUGAGACUAAUCAGUCCAUUGCACCAGUUGUGUGUAGAUUACCCUUAGUAGGGCUGAGACUAAUCAGUCCAUUGCACCAGUUGUGUGUAGAUUACCCUUAGUAGGGCUGAGACUAAUCAGUCCAUUGCACCAGUUGUGUGUAGAUUACCCUUAGUAGGGCUGAGACUAAUCAGUCCAUUGCACCAGUUGUGUGUAGAUUACCCUUAGUAGGGCUGAGACUAAUCAGUCCAUUGCACCAGUUGUGUGUAGAUUACCCUUAGUAGGGCUGAGACUAAUCAGUCCAUUGCACCAGUUGUGUGUAGAUUACCCUUAGUAGGGCUGAGACUAAUCAGUCCAUUGCACCAGUUGUGUGUAGAUUACCCUUAGUAGGGCUGAGACUAAUCAGUCCAUUGCACCAGUUGUGUGUAGAUUACCCUUAGUAGGGCUGAGACUAAUCAGUCCUUUGUUUGGUCCUUAGGCUGUUGGUCGACUGAGAUUGUUUUAGUUGAGCAGUAAAACGUAUAGAUUUUCACCUAUCUCAGUCAACUAAUCCAUUGCUGAGGCCUAGACCAAAAGCCAAUUUAUGCUUGAUUUAAAAUUGUGGUGGAGCCUCCAGAGGCCAAAUGUAGCUCUAUACCACUUCACUAUGUCCCUCCCAAAUGUUGUACCAAUGUGGAGGGCUCUGUAUGGCUCCACGAUGACAUGAUUGGUUCACGGUAGGUGAGGGUGGUACAUCCUGUAUAAACAUACUCCCUUGACAACAGUUCUGCACUGCUCCGUAAGGAGUAUGAAUGCCCUGACUUCUGCUGAGGUCCUUCUUGCCCUGACUUCUGCUGAGGUCCUUCUUGCCCUGACUUCUGCUGAGGUCCUUCUUGCCCUGACUUCUGCUGAGGUCCUUCUUGCCCUGACUUCUGCUGAGGUCCUUCUUGCCCUGACUUCUGCUGAGGUCCUUCUUGCCCUGACUUCUGCUGAGGUCCUUCUUGCCCUGACUUCUGCUGAGGUUCUUCUUGCCCUGACUUCUGCUGAGGUCCUUCUUGCCCUGACUUCUGCUGAGGCCGUAUCACCGUAAAUGCUGCAUGGCCAAUGCAAACGUCAGAUUGACCAUGCACCCAGAUGCACAAUGCACUUCUCCAUCCAGAAUGCACUUCUCUCCCGCCUAUUGGUGCACAUUUGCUUCAUAACUUCAUUGUGUGAGUUGUUAGUGUAUAUCACUUCCCCAUAUCACCAGUAGUAUGUUUACCGUUAAUUCAUAUGAUUUCUAAUCCACAAUGUUUGUUACUUUGGUUACAAGUUCGAAUCCCCGAGCUGACAAGGUUCAAAUCUGUCUUCUGCCUCUGAACAGGCAGUUAACCCACUGUUCCUAGGCCGUCAUUGAAAAUAAGAAUUUGUUCUUAACUGACUUGCCUAGUAAAAUAAAGGUAAACUAAAAUUUUAAAAAUUAAAAUAUGGUAUUUUAUUUGAAUCCAUUGAGUAUUAUUCCGCUAGUCCUGUUCUCAUUGUCUGAGUGGACACAUUGUUUGCAGAGUGCACAACCUAUGCUACACUUGUGAGAAUUGUUUUGGGGGUUUAUCUCAGUCCAUUUAUGAGUUUUGUCAAUUUAAUUUUGUUAUUGUCUUUCCUUUGGAGCGCUCCUGUCAAUGUUGAGUAAGGACGGGCACGCGUAGAAGUAGGCCUAUAGGCUAUGUGGCCUGAUUUACACAUAGAAGUAGGCCUAUAGGCUCCGUGGCCUGAUUUACACAUAGAAGUAGGCCUAUAGGCUCCGUGGCCUGAUUUACACAUAGAAGUAGGCCUAUAGACUACGUGGCCUGCGUGCAAAUGUAGGCAUAUAAAUGUCCUCAUUUGGGGAUCUGAUAGUAUUUCUGAUUGGCUUAAUGCACCACCACUAAUGACCUGUGGAGCUUCUCAAAGUGAUGUUUUCUUCACCUCAAACAAAUUCUGUAUUUACAUACAUUGACAAUUUACAAUAGUUCCUCAAUGUAUUUGAAAAAUCUUUCCAGCUCUCGCCCUUUCGAUAACCACUCACCGUGACAGGGAAAAUGCUCUGAUCCAGUGGGAAUGUCAUAAAAUAGGCUUCUCAUCAGUGCUUGACUUUGACUGAAAUAGGUUCCGGUAGUCAUUUUGGGUGUCGGUACUGUUUAUAUUUAGGUGCAGGAGCUCCACAAUACUUUUGAGCUGAUUUUUAUUAAGAGGAACAGGAGCUCAAGUAGUAGAACAUUUGAGGUAAGCUCCGGCCCAAGUCAAGCACUGCUUCUUAUCCCUUGAGCAAAUAGCCUACAGCUGUGUCUGUCCCAAGCUCGCUAGUGCAAGCUUUGGGCCAGACCCAUUAAUUGUAUCAAUGUUAAAAGUUUUUUGCAGACAGGCCAUGUGUAGCCAAUGUGAUUUAUAGGAUUUUUAACAUUUUAAAUCAGGAUAUUUUCUACCUGCAGGUUGCAAUGUUUUUAUUUGUUGGCUUUAUGCAGGCUAUUUUUGCAUUGUUGGCAAUGGCAAUUGAAGUUUCUUUUUAGGUUUAUCAUUUAGAUUUGGGUUAAAUUUGUUAACCACAUGACAAUUUUGUGAUAAGACCUUAUAAAUUAAAUGAAACCAUUCCAUGUAA